UGUUUGUUCUACAAAGUGGCAGCACUGUUUGCGCCUUUUCUUGUUUUUUGUGCAAAUUGAUAAUAACUUUAAUUUGGUGAAAUGCCUGCAUUAACUGAACCCGACCAUACCAUAAGUUUCCAUGAGUCGAUUACGUGCUAUGAGAUAUGCAAAAAUGAUUUCGCCUACAAUCUCCUUUGCGUAGCUCACAAUAAGCAUUUGUCUCUGAUUUUAUUGGGCAUGCCGGAGGAAACCGGAGAAUUCGGGUAUAAUCAAUUGCAGGCUGUGGCCAUCAGCGAUGUCGAUGACAGGUGUGUCCAAGCUCUGGCUUUCUCACCGGACACGACGCUAAAUUUUACCCCAAAUAAUGUGGAAAUUUGUGCGGCCAUUGAGAGCAAUCUGAAAAUAUAUCGGACUGAUCUAAGCCAGCAUAAUUCUGUGCAAGUUUUAAACGGUCACAGCGACUAUAUCAAUGAUGUGUCCUGGGUGUGCGAGGGUGAAUUUCUAGCAUCGGUUAGCGAUGAUUUUACCUGUAAAUUUUGGAAUCCCAAAGGAAGUGUUGAGAAUGUUAUUACAUUCUGUCUAUCAUCAGCUGGCAUGUCAAUUAAAUCUCACUUGGAGGAUCCAAACAAAGUCUUGGUAGCCGAAAAGAGAGGUGUAAUUCAUCUUUACAAUAUACGGACCAAGCAGGCAAUAGUUUCCGUUGAGUCUCCUAAAUUUCCUUUAAUGUCGGCGGAUUGGGCUUGCAAUAAUCGUCUAUUUGUUACUGCUCUGGCUGGUGGUGACAUCGUAACCUGGGAUCUCAGUCGCCCCAUUACCCCCAUCGAUGUCAAGCAAGUCCACGAGGAUGGUGGUCGCGUUGUGCGCUUUGCUCCUGGCAGUUCGGAUCUGGUGGUGGCCAGCAUUGGUCGUCCGGAUUUGACUUUGAAAGUGUUUGCAGCCAAAUCAUUGGUACCGCUUGUAGAGGCAUCUCUAAAAACAUAUGCUGGUCUGACUUGGCAUCAACGGCUGCCCUAUAUAACAGCGGCCUCAGAUAGAAAAUUGCAUUUCUGGAAAGUGCAAAUUAAGUAAUUUUUUAUACAAAUAAAAUUAAAGAAAUGAA